CGCGACCGUGCCAAUCCGAUGGCGUCCGCUUUAGGUUUAUUAAAACCUCCCCUUCCGUCGCCGCCGCCUUCCUCAACUCUUCCCUCUUGUGGAGCGAUUUUGUUGGCCUCUCCUUCGAAGUUCCGAGAAGCAAAACAAGGUUAGUCUCUCUUGGUUGCCGUUAUCAUCUUCUUCAGAAACAAAGAAGUUUUCACUUGUUGAAGAACUUAAAUUUGCUUUUCAUCUUUUCUCAAGUAGGUGUUUAUGCAAUACUAUGGAGGACUCGAUGGGCAGAAAGACUGCUAGUGGAAUAAUCAUCAGCAAAGGUGGAUGCAGCAUAACUUUUAGGGAACAGAAGUUCCAUGAUAGAAGUAUCCGGUACUGUAACCGGUUAGGAUGUUGUGCUAGUCGCUAUGCUGUUCAAAGCACCCAGGUAGGAGAAGACAACAAAAAUUUCAUUCGCUCAAGCUCAUCUAAGUCAUCGUCUUCUGUGGCUUUUAGAGAGCCAAGAUUGAAACAAAGAUUGGAUGAAGAAGAUGCUGCGGAAAGUAGUGAUAGACAAGCCGAUGGCAACAGACGCAAAUAUACAGAUUCUGACAGAAGAUUUGGUAAGAAAGAAAAAUCAAAGUCUGUAGCGUUAAGACCAACAGUUAAACCAGCAAAGGUGCAGCGCUUAUCAGAAAAUGCAUCUCGAGAAGUGAGAUCAAAAUUGAGUUCUAGAGCAUCUAAGGAGGCAGCUAGGCAGCCCAAAUCUCACUUCAAAGAUAAUUCAAAUACAUCUGGAAACAAUCCCAUGGCUCUUACACACAUUGAACGAGAUGUGUCAUCCAGAUCUGAGGAUUAUGGCUUGAAUGAUCUUAGACAAGCAGAUGCCUCUGAUCUUUCCCUGUCAAAUUUUACAUCUGCUGAUUUUGCAGAUGGAAGGGGAGAAAACGACUUAAGGAGGAGAUCCCUUGGAAGUCGAAGCCUAUCUUCCAGAGGCAAAAGCAUUUAUUCAUCAGUUACUGCAACAAGUUCAGUUUCUUCAAGCAUUAAUUGUCUUCCACACAAUUUAGCUUCUAAUCAAAACCCAAGAAGAUCCAGAAGCCAAUCUACCAGUACGGGUGUUGUCUCAGUUAGAACAAGGCAGGCAUCUAGUGGCACUCCUCGAACAAGGCCCUUAGGACAAGUAGAUGAGUUCAACUUGCUGCUGGAUCAUCGAAGUUCAUCAAGAUCAUCAAGAGAUGCCAUGUCCCGAUUCGAUGAUUUUUCAGAAGAUAAUGAUGGUUAUCCACACUUAAAUAGAAGUAUUGCUGAGGUGCUACUGGAACUUGAGAGGAUUGAACACGAAGGAUUGACAUUUGAGGAGCAACUAUCAUUUCUUGAGAAUCGUCUAUUUUUGGAUGGCCUGAUCAACGACCAAUACAGUGACAUGAGGAUGGAUAUCGAUAGCAUGACAUAUGAGGAAUUGUUAGCACUGGGCGAGGAAAUGGGUACAGUGAGCACAGCCCUUACAGAGGAAGCUGUGUCUAAAUGUUUGAACAGAAGCAACUAUGUGCCCACUUCUCCGAUCUCUGGCUUCUCUCGCUCUAAUGAAGGUGACACCAAAUGCAGCAUAUGCCAGGAAGAAUGGGUUGCUGAGGAUGAGAUUGGCUCGUUGGUUUGUGAGCAUUUCUACCAUAUUCAAUGCAUCGACCAGUGGCUUCGGUUAAAGAAUUGGUGCCCCAUCUGUAAAGCCUCUGUUACUCCUACUCCUUGAACAUGAUUCCUAGUGGUUUGCCACACCCUAUAGAAGGAUAUUUGAUAUUUCUCUUGUUAAUUGAAGCUCUCAUCAAGUUGUAGAUAACAUUCUUUUAGACCCUAAUAAACAUAAACAUAAACAUAAACACAAAUCUCUGUUGAUGUGGGAAUUUUCUUGUUAAAACCAUUGUAGUUUCUUUUACUUUGCAGCUCUUUAUCAAUCAUCAAAUAACAUGUUUCUGCUUUCUCAAGAAGAUUGUAUUGGAUCAGCAUGAUGAUGUUUUUAAUACAAAGUUAUCUAUUUAAAACA